AUGGAUUCGAAUGGAAAUGAUGAAUUUUUAACAUUUAAACCUGUCUGUGCCGAUCCCGUCAAAGCAGUUCUCGACAAAAUUUCCAAUUCUCGUUACGCCAAUCAAUUUCCCAAUCCCAAGGACGAACUUCGUUUUGCUACCAUGCUUGCCGACAAGUCUCAUCUAUUACAGACCUACCUUAAUAAGGAUUGGGUUGAAAUCAUUCCUACCACUCAUUCUCACAAACAACAAAUCAUGAUCCAACCAAAUUCUUCAGAAACUUCUCCAAGAGCAUCCAAUCCACAUUCUCAGAAUCAUUCACAUCAGCAAAAUUCCAUGAGUGGCAGUAAUACAAGUAAUAAUUUAGAUGCAACAGCAGCAAGUUCUUCCUCUCCAUUGCAUAAUGAAUUGAUGCAUUCAACUCCAACACCCUCUCAUGGAACUGUUGGUAGUUCCGUAUUCAGCGGAGAAGAAUGUUCACAUCAUUCGUUGACACAAUUGAAUCAUCAUGAAAUGAAUAGUAGUGGAGGAAGAAUUAGAAAUCGAACUACAGUCACGAGUUCUAGUACAAUGACCACCACGAAUAAUGUUUCAUUUCAUCCAGUGAUCAUGAAUGAAAGUAGUAAUAAUAAUAAUAAUAAUCAAAUGAACAACACCUCAGUACCACAACGUAGUCCACAUGCAUUUGAUGAAGAUCAUCAAGAUCAUGAAGAAGAGGAUGAAGACAAUGAACACGAUAAUCAUCAUGAGGAUGCUGACGAGGAAGAUACUGAAUCCACCGAUGGAUCAGAAUCGGAAGAAGAUGAAGAAACAGAAGAAGAAAAACAAGUCAUGAAUGAAUUUAUUGAAGAGCAAAAGAAACAAUUAUUGAAAGGAAAGGUUGACAUUAAAUUGAUCAUUGUCGAUCAGGAACGAGAUCAAAAAUUGAAAAGCUCUGCUCGAAAAUUACUCUCGCCCAUUCUCUCGAAAUUUAGCUCAUCCAUUUCUAGUUUUGGAAUGUUUCACAGUUCGAUUUUGAUUGGAAAUUGGAUUCUCGAAUGGAAUGACAGUGCAUUGUGUGUACCGAGAAGAACUCUUUCAAAAGCUGCGUUAUUUUGUGCAGAUUUGGAACCAAUUACCACUUUGGAAGAUUUAGAUGUCGUCAUUAACAAACUUGCGGAUGUUAUUGUGGAAUGGAAUACAACUAAAAAGUACAAACCCAUGGGUGGAAAUCGAUGUAUCUAUGGAAAUUGUCAAGAUUUUUGUGAAGCAGUUCUCGCAAGAAUUGGAGUUGAUUUUCGCAUCAAGAAUCCAUACGUGAGACAUUUCUUUGAACAAUUGAAGAAGAAAGGUUCCACAGAUUUGAAACUAUAUUUCCAAAAGGAGGAAGCUGAAGUACCAAAUUCUUUUGCCAACAAAUUCAAAUUGUUGAGUGCAAGCGGUGGUAGUAAUUCAAUCAAAUUUGCCACUCAUGAACAAUUGGAUCAAUUUGUGUUACGAUGUUUAAGAAUUGACCCAGAAAUGAAAACGAAUUAUCCAGAUGUGUGGAGCUUACUGAAAGGUUUUGAUCGAGCUUUUUGGCUUCGACAUUUGGCAUGGGAAGAAAUGAAAGAAAAGAAACGAAGAGAACUUGUUUCUGUCGAAAGAAAUUUAUUCAAAAUUUCACAGCUAAGACGUGCUAAAAAGUUAACCGAUGAAGACGUCUUGACAGAGAAUCGAUUAUUUGAGAGAGCUAACGAAAUUAAGAAGGAAUUUGAGAGGAUUGAGAAGGAAGGAAAACCAGUGCGCCCAUUUAUGGGAAAGCAGCUAGACGAAAGGAAGGAACUUGUGGAAGUGGAUUUGUGUCCAUUCUCUAAUCCUUUAACAACUUAUUCGAUCAGAUUGUAUCACUAA